AUGACCGGCGAUGCGACUCCAACGAUUCUUGGAGGCAAAACGCCAGCCUUGACGGGUGCCCAGACCCCCACUGUGGUCUCUUCGGACUCCUACGGUUUCUCCGGCCCUGCGCCCAGCGUGACGGAGCGGCAGCCGACGCAAACGCAGGUGCCCAGUAGCGUGGCCACCUCGUCGCUGCGCACCGAGACGCUGCGCAGUCGGACCCUGUCGCAGCCCACGGAGACGGCGACGGCCUCGGAGCGUUCUAGAACCAAACCGCGACCACCUCCCCCAGAGUUCACCUACGAACCCACGGAGCUGGAACCGCCGGUGCCGGAGGCGGCCAUCCUGGCCAUUUGGGCCGUGUGGUACAUCCUCCAACGGAUGACCAAGUCUGAGGCGCGCGAAAAGUCACUGCCCACCAUCACAGAGGAGUCGACAUCGCCGCAUCUGGUGCUGACCAAUGCUUCUCCUUGCGGGCCUCCGGGUGUCUCAUCACGAUCGGACAACGUUGAGCCCGUGGAGUUUGACAGCGGAAUUUGUCAUGGCUCUUGGUUUUGUGUUCACAAGCCAACCUACGAGCCUGACCGGAUGCAAAGUGGAAAGUAUCCAUUGGCCGAACACCUUCAUCAAAGGAAACGUCUCUGGGAGUGGCGUUUACAGCUGCGAUUCCGUGACUGCGUCUCGGCAGAUAGCGUCUACUUCGGAUGUGAGCAAGAUCGCUACUACCACGUGGGAACUGUUGAACGCUACAUUUCCAGUUCUGUGAUUUCUCUUCUGAGGCAUGCAUCAGCGGACAAUAUGUAUCAAACGCACGGAGAGGAUCCAGCGUCCGUUCGAGGAGAAGCAGAACGUCCGACCAUCGCGUUUCCCUUGUGGGUCAUGGAUCAACUGAUCAUUACAGAGGAAGGUGAGGAAGCACCCAAGCUUGAUGAUCCAGAUUUUUCCACCUACGGCAUCAUCCGAGCACAGAACAGAAAGGGGAUGCAGGAGGCACUUCAUGGCCUGGAGUUCAAGCCUGGUCGAACCUUCACUUUUGGCUUUUGGUGCAUAGCCCAAUUUGUGGAUGCCAUCGGCUGGAGGGUGCCUGCUAGGGGCGUCAUUCCAGAGGUGAAACUCAAUGAGAUUGGAACUCAUCCGCCAAUCUAUGUGACCAUGUAUCUCCUCAGACCACAGGAUCAGUGGACGGAUGUCCAAGGUCGACGUGAUACGCGUCAUUUGGACUCACGGAAGAUUUACAUUUGGCGCGUUUCAUUGUGGAGUUCGGCCCUUCCACCACCGCUGGAACGGCAAAAGGAUCUCCAAGGUGCGGCCUUCGCAAGGAGGCGCCUCUCUUCUGGUGAUGGUGCCUCGGUGGAGGCGAUCCGAGUUCCCCUCCUUUGUGUUCCUUCCCAUCUUUUGGCUGCCCGUGGUGAGGACCGGGGUUUGAACGGGCGGCGUCUUUUGCAAUUUCCCCGACAGAUCCCUAGCGAUGGCCGAACCUUUGGGGAUCCGGCCGUUGCACUGUGCCAUGCGCGGAUCAGUCAGGUGGAGCGAUCAGCCGAAGAAGUGGCCGAUUUCUUGCGACAACAGGAGGAUGACCGAGCAACUUUCCAGCGCAUUAGCAAACACUUCAAACUCGCCACACAGAAGAUCCGCCAACUGGUAGAAGAUCAUGAGGAUUUGUUUGCGGUGGAAAAGGAUCAGGUGGUGUUGAAAGACCAACGGCGAAAAGAAGCCCUGAGGUGUUUGGUGAAGCAGUUGGUAAGCUCCGAAAUGCAGAAGAUGGAGAUCGAUCCGGAGAAGGCCAUGGAAUGCAUCUGGUCCGCUGCCCACUUCGCCAUCAAGGCUACUCCUUCGGAGGUGAAGAAAGUCUUCGAUAAGGUCUCGCAGUCCGUCCUGAGGAGCAAGCAGACAGUGCCACGAGGGGCCUAUCCUGCCAACAUGCCUUUAGCCCUGGCUUGCAUCAUCGACCGGGCGGUGUACCUCGCUAGACGCUUGAGCCAAGGAGCCAUUACGGCCAUCGAGCGAGCCCUGGGGCCGAGUUUGUACAAUAUCCUGCUGAGCAGAUGGCAACUUGGUCGAGUGCGGGGCAGCCAAUUCCUGGCAAACCUGUUCUUAGCUUGGGAAAGAUUGGGCUACUUCGAGGACAAACACCUCGAGACGUGUAAGAAACAUUUGUUGGUGCUCCUUGCGUUCGUUCGAGCAGAGGGUGUGCCGGAUCCACCACAUAAGGAUGAAGGCACUGGAUGGUACAAAGUGGUGGCGCGCGAGCCGGGGGAAGACAAGAACACAGAGCCCAUCGCAUCCCGGCAACGGCUCCAGGCCUUAGAGCAGACUCGAGCGCAGGCCGAGAAGCAAAGAGUUACGGUCACCGCGGACGCGUCGGAGGCGUCAGAGAAGGCACAGGCACAAAGCUUUCAGGAGGCGCCGGAGAGGGGAAAGGCAGAUGUGGAGGAGGCUCCUGAAGUUAUGAUGGUCAACUGGCUGGUGUAG